CACACUUCACGUACACUUAGCACAUCCACAACAAGGGAGACAACCUGGAGAAUAGGAUCAUUUGCCUAAGCUUACGUAUUCCAACAUGGACAAGCCAACACCAAGAGUGGACCAAUCUAUUGCAAACCAGUUUAACGGACAGACUGUGCGUGUUGUUGGGAGAGUUGAUGGCAUCAACGAAAGCGAAAACCGUAUCAAGUUCUAUUCACCAUCGCCAAAUAACGAGAACGUGAUGGAUCUGACCUAUUCACAGGAUUUGAGCUUUAAGCAGGGCCGUUGGUACGAAUGCGUGGCGCGUGUGAUGGGUACUUCAGAGGUGAGAGCAAUUGACAACACCGACAUAGGAGAGAAUAUCAACGAAAAGGCACUGGCUGGGCUGAUCAAGUAUACGCACAAGUCUGCUCCUGCUCUGUUUUUCGACCAGUCGGACUAUUAG